AGUAGUAAACAGUAGUAUUGAACUAUUGAUAUAAGUAGAGGAAGUGGAAAUUGAAGGUAACAGAAAGAGAACAGAAAGCCCGGUGAGUUUUGAAGAAGAAGAAGAACUUGAAGAUGACGUUGGGUCUGAUAAAUGCAAACCCUGUUGUUCACGAAAAGAAGGAGAGGAUCUCUCGCUCCGAAGAUCUCCAUCCCACUGAUGACGCUGUUGAUCCUCUCGAUAUUUAUGAUUUCGUGAGGGAUAUUAGGGAUCCCGAACAUCCUUAUUCGUUGGAGCAGCUAAGUGUUCUUUCCGAGGAAUCUAUUACUGUCGAUGACAAGCUUGGCCGGAUUUUGAUAACAUUUACGCCGACCGUGCAGCACUGCAGCAUGGCGACGGUGAUUGGUCUUUGUCUGAGAGUGAAACUGAAGCACUUCUUCCCUCCUCAUUAUAAGGUAGAUAUCAAAGUGUCUCCAGGAUCUCAUGCUGAUGAGGUAUCAGUGAAUAAGCAGUUAAAUGAUAAAGAGAGAGUUGCUGCUGCAUUGGAGAAUCCCAACCUGCGCGAGCUCGUCGAGGAGUGCCUCGCUUCCAACGAACUGUAACUGUGAGAAACUAAAUGUGACAGUAAUGCAUAGAUAGUCCUCAUGAAGCUUUAGCUCUUUGGUUUCAUUUUCAUGUAUGUAUCAUCAAUAUCACCCCUCCUCUUGCCAAACCUAAAUUGUGUUUGAUUGUGCUUUAGCCCUUUGAUUUCAUAUAUGUAUAUGUAUAUGCUUUGUAAGUGAAGUUAGACAUCGAGGUGUAAAGUUUUGGUACCUGAUUAUGCAUAAUUAUGUUAAGGUUGA